AUGAUGUAUGGAGGGCCGGGAGAUGGCACAAAGUUUUUUAUGCCUAGCAAUACAUUAUUUAACAAAGAUUGGUUAGACCGUAUAGAUAAUACAGGUGAAAAAUGCAGUAGAUGGUUAACAGAAGAUAGGGAAAAGUCAAAAUUUAUGUGUGCUGUUUGUGAGAGAAAUGAUCUUAGUUGUAAAAAUGGUGGCUGGACAGAUAUCAAGCAACAUUUUAACGGUAAACAGCAUCAACAAAGAAUGAAUGAAAUAUUCAAAUCUGGACAAACGAAAUUGUUGAAAACAUCAGUCGAAUUGAGUAUUGAUAAAAAUUCUAGCAAUAAAUCACGAUUAUUAAAUCAUGAAGAAAAAGUUAGCCGUGCUGAAACAUUAUGGGCUAUGACGGUGGCUCCUAAUGGAUUUAGUUACAAUUCCAACGAAUAUAUGAGUGAUAUUUUCAAAUGUAUGUUUCCAGAUAGCCGUAUUGCUCAAGAUUUCACAAUGGGUUCAACAAAGUUGUCCUACGCGAUUGCACAUGAAACUGGUAAAUAUUUUCAUGAUGAACUGGUUAGAGAUGUUGGUAAAGCACAAGCAUUCACAGUUAUAUUUGAUGAAACAACUGUGCCCGGUGUUAAAAAACAAUUAGAUAUAUAUUUACGCUAUUGGUCCGAGCAAGAUCAUCAAAUAAUUGUCAAAUAUUAUAAAAGUGUGUUGCUUGGACAUGCUACCGGUCAAAUUAUUGCUGAUUCAAUAAUUAGCUCAUUAAAAACAGAUGGUCUGGAUAUUAAAAAAAUUCUAAUGUUAGGUCGCGAUAAUCCAAACGUCAAUAAAACAGUGGAAAAUUUAAUUAAUAACACGAUAAAAGCGGAAAACAAUCAAACUAGACAAAAUAAUUUCAAUGAUAAAAAUGAAUGUAUGGGUUUACUUGAGAUUGGCACAUGCCCAUUACAUAUUGUGCAUAAUUCGUUUAAAAAUGACAUGAUAAAUGUUCAUUGGAAUAUAGAAGAGUUUUUAUGGUUUUUAUGGUAUUGGUUUAGUAGAUCGUCAGCACGUCGAGAGGAUUAUAUGACAACAGCAGAAUCAUUAACAAGUAUAAUUGGUAAAUUUAUGAUCCGUUUUGUUAACACCCGUUGGAUUGAGAUUAGUAAAGUCCUCGAACGUGCACUUGAACAAUGGAAUGUUAGUCAUGGCUAUUUUCUUAUAUAUUUCCCAAAAUUUCAACAGAAAACAAUUGAACAAAAUAAGCGUUAUACAGAUAUUGAGGGUGAAUUAGAAUACAACGUUACUAAGAUACGUUUAGAAUUUUUAUUGUAUGUGACGAAAAAUUUAUUCUAUCGAUAUCUCACAUGGUUUCAGAGUGAAGGACCACUCAUACAUUUACUUUAUGGUCAAUGUUCAGAAUUAUUGAAAGCAGAAUUUUUAUCAUUUGUAAAACAAGAAAUUAUUGGAAACCGAACUGGUAAAGAAUUAUUAUCAAUUGCUUACGAUUUGCAAGCAAAUCAGUUACUAGACUCACCAGUUCAAAUAGGUGAAUCAACUAGAAAAUCUUUAACAAAGUUAUCGUUUGAAGAUAGAAAAACAUUUUUUACUGAUGUCAGAAGCUUUUAUUAUUAUUUAGCUAAAGAACUGAUUCGAACAUUACCGCUGAAAUCCUUCAGUGUAUUAUUCGUCUGGGUCGUGCCUUACCAAGUAGGAGAAUCUCAAUAA